AUGUUUGUUUUAGAUAAACGAGACAGUGUCGCUUUGUUACCACUGACGUUUGAAUGUGUGGACAAACAAAGUAUUAUUAUCUUAAAUGGUUAUAAAGCUUAUCAUAUUUUAAGCUCUCAUUUUAAUAAGCAUAAUGUAAUUAACUAUAGUGAAAACUUCACAAAUUUAACAACUGUGUGUCAUAUACAGUUGAUUGAGUAUAUAUGA